AGAAUUAGCCGCUGCUGUCAAUAAAAUAAUCAUAAAUCAGUUGUUCCAAUAUUGAGUUUGUUUCUUCUAGUUAUCAACAAAUAUAGCAAUUAGUGAUUCAUUUAAGUAGUGGCUAAAAAUGUGUUGUUGUUGUCGAUAAUCCGGAUGAUUUACUCAAGAGGGAACAUGUCGGAAUCUAAUGACUACAUGAGUGAUUCUGAGUAUUCUGAGGAAGAAAUAGAGCCGAAGCUGAAAUAUGUUCGACUCAGCAAUGACCUCAAAGUGAUCCUCAAUACUACUUCGGCUACAUGCAUUGCUGUUCAUACAAAGUUUAUCUGCCUUGGCACACACAGGGGGGUUAUUUACAUAUUAGACCACGAGGGUAACAGUGAUUUAAGCCAAAAGCUCAAAGCCCAUUCAGUCAGUGUAAACCAGAUAUCUAUUGAUAAGAGUGGCGAGUAUAUUGCAACUUGUUCAGAUGAUGGGAGGGUGUUUAUUCAUGGAUUAUUUUCGCAUGAAAACAAUUUCAGCCUGAAUGUGGCCAGGCUUGUUAAAACCGUGGCCGUGGAUCCCAAUUUUUGCAAGAGUCCAUCAAAUAAACGAUUUAUAAUGGGUGAUGAUAAACUCACACUUUGGGAACGCUCAUUUUUGGGCAGUUUAAAGUCCACCGUUCUCUUGGAAAGUGAAGGACUUGUAGGCAGUCUUUCAUGGGGUGGAAACUUUCUGGCCUUGUCCAGUAAUGUAGGAGUUAGAGUAUAUGAUAUGAAUGCUAGAUGCUCGUUGGGGCUCAUUAAAUGGGAGGAACAUCCCAGUAUGUCGAUAGAAAAAUUUAGAUGCAACUUGCGAUGGGCAAAUGAUAGAACUCUCCUCAUAGGUUGGGUGGAUACAGUAAGAGUUUGCAUCAUUAGGAAACGGAGCAAUAUGGAGUUAGCUAUUAGGGCUUUACCAGAAUAUUUAGUCGACCCCGUUUCAACCUUUCAAACGGAGUUUUAUAUAAGUGGAAUCGCCCCGUUAGAUCAGCAAUUGGUGCUGUUGGGUGUGCCUAAAGAACACGACGAGAACAAUAAAAGUUUACGUCCCCAAUUGUAUAUUGUUGAGUACAAAGAUAAUGACUAUACUGAUAUUUGUACUGAUAGUUUAACUUUAAGAGGAUACCAGGAAUAUUCUGUAAAUGAUUAUCAUCUGGAUGUGUUGUUAGAAGAAAAUGUGUUUUUUAUUGUUGCUCCAAAAGAUGUUGUUAUAGCUAGCCCGUAUGAUUUAGAUGAUAGAAUCCAGUGGUUCAUUCAACACAAUAAGUAUAAGGAAGCUCUUGAAAUCCUGCAAAAUAACGACAGUAGAAGUAUUUACAAACAUACGAUUCAAAGUGUGGGGAUUGAGUAUUUGGAUUUCUUGCUCAGUAGAGGAAUGUACGACGAUGCUGGUAGGCUAGGAUUACAAAUUUUUGAAAAAAAUCACUCCCUAUGGGAGGAUCAAAUUUACAAGUUUGCAAUGGUUCAUCAAUUGAGGGCUGUUAGCCCUUACAUUCCUAGAACUCUGGAAACGAAAUUAAAUCCUCACAUAUACGAGAUGAUUUUAUUCGAAUACCUAAAGUUCAAUGCUCAGGGAUUUUUGCAACUAAUUAAAGAGUGGAACCAUGGCCUUUAUAAUGUUUCUGCUGUAAUAAACGCCGUAUUAGAUCAUGCUUUAAUCGAUAAAAGUGAUAUUUUUGUAGAAGCCUUAGCUAUUCUAUAUAGCUACGAACAAAAAUACGACAGUAGUUUAUCCAUGUACCUUAAACUGAAUCAUAAAGAUGUGUUUACGCUCAUUCAAAACCACAACUUGCACAAUGUGAUGGAAAAAAUGCUGACACAGUUGAUGGAUUUGGAUUAUGCAAAAACCGUAGCUUUGCUGCUAGAGAAGAACAGCACUCCACCAGAGAAAAUUGUGAAAAAGCUCAGGUCCAGUCCUUCUCAUUUGUACAGGUACUUGGAUGAAUAUGACAAAAGGAAUUGUAAGGGCGAGUACCACAAGGAGCUGGUAGAGCUGUAUGCAAUUUUUGAUAGGCAAAAACUACUACCAUUCUUGAAAAAAUCCGAUCAUUACCCCAUACAGUACGCCUUGGACAUUUGCCAGAAGAACAAGUUUUAUCCGGAAAUGGUGUUCCUUCUGGGAAGGAUUGGCGAUACCAAGGAAGCCUUAGACCUGAUAAUACACGAGCUGAAGGAUAUGCAAUACGCAAUUUCUUUUUGCCACGAGCACGACGAUUCGGAUCUAUGGGAUGAUCUUAUAGAUCAUUGCAUAGACAAGCCAGAAUUUGUCACGUUUUUGCUUCAAAGUAUUGGAAAUUACAUCGACCCAACGACUCUAAUCAUGAAAAUCAAAGGAAACAUGGAGAUUCCAGGACUGAGAAACUCUUUAGUUAAGAUGUUGAACCAAUAUAAUCUGCAGGUAUCUGUUCAAGAGGGUUGCAAAAAAAUUUUAGUCUCCGAUUAUUUUAAUCUGCAAAAAAAGCUGGUUCACACUAGGCAGAAAGGAACGUCUGUAUCCAGCGAUGUACUUUGUGGAGCUUGCCAUUACAAACUAAUCCAAAAUGAUAUUUCCCGAUUAUCUGACUUGAAAAUGUUCAACUGCAACCACGUAUUUCACAGGCAAUGUUUAGAAGAUGAUACGACUACGGUGUGCGUCGUGUGUUAUCCCGCUCAAAAAAGCAAGUGAUUUGAAAAGGCAGCAUGGUAAGCAAUUUGCGAAGCCUCAACAAUACACACUGCACUCGACUGUAGCAGUUUGUAUUUUAUAUGUUAAUUGUUUUUGAAAGUUUACUGUUCAAUUUGGUGGUUAAAUGAAUUCAAAUGGGUGAUGUGAAUCGAGAUUAGAUAAAUUUUUCGUUUAAAUAUACUCUGUUUGAUGCUUCAAGUGUGCUUUUCUUAUAUCAAAGACGAUUAUUUAUUUGUAUAUCAGCUUUAUAGGAACGUAGCGCGAAAAUAUGUGAAUAAAUAAUGCAUUUUACAACAUGCGUAUAAUCAUAAUGUUAGUACCUACAAGCGAAAAGUGAUAUCGUGUACUUUUGUUACCAGAAAUAUGUGCGACAGUGUGUUUAAUAUUAACUUACUAUUUA